AUGCAAGCAUUUACUAGUCCGUAUGUGUGCCCAUAUUUCACCUGUUCAUCGCCAUAUUGUCUAACCCUAAGAAACACGGCAUUGGCGUCAAGUCUGCAAUCAGUUAACAGGUCACCUUCAAGCCCAAGUCAGCCAGGAGUCUCCUCAUUCACAAUCUCGUCCAUUCUGGCCCGUUCUGAUGACUCACAAACAAGUAAAACGAGAACUGAAGACACGAACGAACCGAAAUCCUGCCCCGACAGUGGCCUAAGUACAGCUACGCAGUUUUUGCCCUACAGCUCGCAUGUUUCAUUAGAAAGAUUUCACCCAUAUCACCGACCACUGGCAGCCAGUGCUUUUGGGAGAACUAGCUGUGGAUCCGUACAAAAAGGUAAUAUAAUGAGAUAAGAUAGUUAUCACACAUCAGUUCCAGAAAUCAGUAAAUUACGUAUGUCCAGUAGAAAUCAAUGGCAUCACCUUUUUCAGUGUAUAACAAUUUAGAAAUAAUCGCACUUUAAAUAUCUAGAUUUUUCGUUCCCACCUAUGCAGUUUUAUCCGAAGAUUGCACUGACAUUUUAUGUCUUCAGGGAGGCUAAUUCUCCAUAUUUUCCCGUAAUGUCAUGACUUCAUCUUUUUUAUCAACUGCAUUUGCAAAAAUGUCCUGAUUUUCAAACUUAAAUUUUUCUGCCUUCUGUAAAUUAUGAUGAAGUAUCAUUAAAUACAUUUUUACGAGUUUUAGAUAUAAUUGGCAAAUCGUUCUGUGAUAUUACAACCAGUCUCUAAGGCUCAUGUCAAAUCGCACAACUUGAAGACUGAACGACUUUGGAUUUUCUUGUAUUUUUGACAGCCUUUGCUUGGAAAGUUUCAGGGAUUAAUUUACUUCUCCUGCAGAUGAAAAAAAUCAGGCAUUUACAGCACCGUGUGUCUAUUAUCGUGAAUUAAGAAAAUCACUGAAAAGCUCAAUUGAAAAGAAAAUGCUUUGUUAAAAUCGGGAGUAAUCUCCUUAAAGGCCCAUUUUCCCGUGCGAAUGUGCCCUUAAUUGCUUUAUACAAAUUGAGUCUCAUUCAAUAACAUAAAGCCCUCAUCAGGCAAAGCUCGGCUAAUUUAGUUUUUCAAUUUUUCAUACCAAGACAACCCUUUUAUUGAAGUCUUUAUUAUAAAAAAUUGAAAGACUAAAAUAUAGUUUUGAAGAUGUGAUAAUUAACGCGCACCUUCGGAGAAAUAAACGAAAAGUCAGGGACCAGAACCCUGAGGAAGUAGUGUCGUUUUUUAGUAACAUUUAGCUUGAUUCGUUGUUCUAGAUGGAGAAUCAAUCCUUUCAGUUGUUCACCACGAAGAAAACAAGGCUUGGAACUUUAAGCAAGGAAAACCGAAGAGAAUUCGCACAAUUUUCACUCCGGAGCAACUAGAGCGGCUUGAAAAAGAAUUUGACCGACAACAGUAUAUGGUUGGAGCAGAGAGACAUUAUCUAGCUGCCUCACUCAAUCUCACCGAAACACAGGUGAAGGUCUGGUUCCAAAAUAGAAGAAUUAAAUGGAGAAAACAGAAGAUGGAUCGUCCCAGCUCAAGUUAA